CCCUCUCCAUGUGGCCUCUCGCUGCUCUCAGCGCUCCUCCUGCCUGUCACUCAAACCGGCCUCAGCCAAUCGGCUGCUUUUGUCCUUUUCACAUACGUCCGCCGGCAGCUUGAGCUGCUAUCCAACAUGUCGGCUACGUCUGUGUUCCCCAUGUGUGUGCGGGCGAGCCGGGGCCUGCUGCGGCUCAGGAGCGGGGCGGUUGGUGCCUCUUCCCCGGCCGUGGUGGAUAUCGUCCGGACGCUCUCCACGGACAAGCCGCCGGCCGGGACAGGCAGCGCGACGGGCGGACUGGCUCAGGCCAUCCUCCAGGAGAGACUCCAGCAGCAGCAGCAGAGUCAGGGCCAGCCUCCUCCUGAGGGAGGUGAAGGUGAGCAGGAGGGAGAACAGAAGGACGACAAGAAGCAGAAGGACAAGGAGAACAAGGCCUACGCUAAGAAGAUGGUGCUGCGACUGGCGGGGCUGAUGGGCCUCGGCGGGGCGGUCGGCAUGGUCUACGUAUUCGGCAGUAAUUCAGUGGACGAACAAGGAAACAUGAUUCCAGACGAGUUCGACAGAGAACCUCCAGUCGUCCAACAGUUGAAAAGAACAUACAAAUACUUCAAGGACUACAGACAGAUGAUCAUCGAGCCGACGAGCCCGAAGCUGCUGCCCGACCCUCUGAAGGAGCCGUACUACCAACCUCCCUACACUCUGGUGCUGGAGCUCACCGACGUCCUGCUGCACCCGGAGUGGUCGUUGUCGACAGGUUGGAGGUUUAAGAAGCGUCCGGGCAUCGACUACCUGUUCCAGCAGCUCGCGCCGCUCUACGAGAUCGUCAUCUUCACUGCAGAGACUGGCAUGACGGCGUAUCCUCUGAUUGACAGCAUCGACCCUCAGGGUUUCGUCAUGUAUCGCCUCUUCAGAGACGCGACACACUACAUGGAGGGGCAUCAUGUGAAGGACGUGUCGUGUCUGAACCGGGACACCAGUAAGGUGAUCGUGGUGGACUGUAAGCGGGAGGCGUUCAGCCUGCAGCCCUUUAACGGCAUGGCUCUGAAGAAGUGGGACGGAAACUCUGAGGACCGAACGCUCUACGACCUCGCCAACUUUCUCAAGACCAUCGCUCUGAGCGGCGUGGACGACGUCCGCACCGUGUUGGAGAACUACGCUCUGGAGGACGACCCCAUCGACGCCUUCAAACGAAGACAGGCUCAGCUGGCACAGGAGGAGGAGCAGCGUCUGGCUGAGCUCUCCCAGCAGAAGAAACAGGGACUCUCUCUCGGCACCAUCGCAUCGCGGUUCUGGCGCUCCAAGCAGCAGUGAGCCCCGCCCCCCUCACACUUCCACCAAUCGCAGCCCGGCUCGCCAUCUGCGUCGAGGUGAGGGGAGGGGCCAGAGGACAGAGGGGGAGGCUGGGGAGACCUGCGUGCUGCAGCUGAGCGUCACAAGCAACCAAUCACGUCUCAGCCGGCGGGUCUGCGGUGCUCGAACAUUAGCCGGCCUCUGCACCAAUAAGAGAGGCACUUCCUGGUUUGUAGGAGGCGGGGUGUCGGCGGCCCCCUCCCUCGGUCAUCUUGGUGUCACCUGAUGCGUCUCAAGUUGCUGAUUGGUUAAAAAAUAAGGAGACAGAGGAUCCAGGUCAGGAUGAACUCUUGUUGUCGGUGGUUGGAGGCGGAUCCAGGAUCAGCGCUGUUAUCGCCACUCCAGGCUGGCUGGGCGCCCCGCCACUCACAGGAUCUGACCUGAGAUCAGCAGUGCUCUGUCCAAACCUUCAGAAUGUGUAUUUUAUUUUAUUUGUAUUCCUCUGUGUGUCUCCGACUGUGCUGACGGGCUGCUGGAGAUCCUGUUAAAAUAAUAUUGUUUAUAAAGAAAAAUGGAAAUAAACCAUAAAUAGUGUAA